CAGACUAUAAAUACUGAGCCCGAGAGAGAAAGAGAGAGAGAGAGAAAGCGAGAGUAUCCUAUACAACUAUACAAGUAUACAGGAUUCGUUCCCUCACUCACCUCUCUUCUAUUUUCCUUCCCACCCGGCUCUGCCGGUGCUCCUGGAAAAUGAUGAUGGAAAAAGCAACAUUAAUGGCGUCAAAUGGAUCGCCUCCCAUGAAAAACUUGUGCUCCAACAGCAACACAUACCCAAACAAACCAAGCUGGCUUCUUUCCACGCUUUCUGAUUUGGAGGAGCGGAUGAACAAUUUAGCAAUUAACCCAAAAGAAGAAGACACAUUCGCAGAGCGAGCCGAGUCCUACUACAGAAAACAGCCUCAACUGCUGGCCUUACUCCAAGACUUGUACAACGCUUACCUUACUUUGUCCGAUCGCUACACGCAAUCAUCUAUCUCCAAAAGCCACCACCACCACCGCAGGCACUCUUCCUCACAAGUUUCCACCACAAUUGACAACGAAUACUUCUUUGACCAACAUGAGAAUUGCGGCACUACCACCACUACUAUGACCGAUCAAGAAGACUAUUCUGACGUUGAGAGCUCUCUUUCCUAUGACAAAACCAUGUUCGGAAGCUCCAGUAAUAGCAAUACUGCCUACAAACAUGAGGACGAGGCCAUUGUUGUCUCCGAGCUUGUCAUAAAGAACGUGGAGUUGGACAUAUUGUUGGACGAGCUCGGACAGUCUGAGAGACGGUGCAACGAGUCUUCGAGGAAGAUUGAGCUCCAGAAGAGCCUGCUUGAGGUGCUGGAAUCCGAGAGGCUGAUAUUGCUGAAUGAGAAUGCAAGGUUGGGGUAUAGAGUGGCUGCAUUGAUGGAGGAGAAUAGAGGGUUGGCUUCGGAAUCUAUUUUUGCGAAGAGGAAGGCAGCGGAGCUGGCUAGAUGCUUGGUGAUGAUGAGAGAGGAUCAAAGGGUUUCUAUGCUGAGUAGGAAGAUUGAGGAUUUGCAAGGACAGAUAUAUGGGUUGGAGAAGAGGAACAAGGAGUAUUAUGAACAGUUAUCAGUAUCCAAGAGAGAUUGUCAGUUGGAGAGUCUUUGUCAACAAGAUUAUGAUCAAGAAGAAAGCAUUGACAAGAAGAAGAAGAGGAAUAAGAAUGAGGUUUUUGUUGAGGGUUGUUUUCAAAUGAAGAGACUGAACCCAAAGCUGAUGAUGAUGAAGAAAACUAGAGAUCAACAAAGUGGUGGUAAUAAAGAAAAGAAAUGGGGUUGGAAUUUGUGGGGAAAGGUUAAGAGCAAGGACAUGUUUCCAUGUGGGGUCAACCCUAGUUCUGCUUCAGGAUGAUGAUGAUAAGCUUUUGACUAGUUGUGAUAUCACAUUAUAUCUUUCUUGGCGAUCGUACGUAGGUAUGCGUUUAGAUUGGUAGAUUGAAACAUGUCGUAUGGUCAAGUUCCAAAUUGCUCUUUACGGCAUAUAUAGGAAGUGCAACUACAAUCUUAUAUAUAUAUGUUAUGUACCUAAUCUUGAAACCUUGCAGUAAAUAUAAUAUAUAUAUUUUGAUAAGCACUUCGAAGAGCUUCUUACUCUAUAAUUUUAAAGUAUAAAUAACUAAUUUUAUUUUUUUAUCGU